CAGAACUCAGAAAUAAAGGUCUUAAAUAGGUAUCAAACACCUUUCAUUUAAAUUAACGUUACUGUGUAAUAAUUUACAUAAUGUGCUUAUAAUUUGGCUGCAACUGUAAUAUUGCCAAUUUCCUAUGCAACAAAGAUAAUCUCUACCUUUGAUUUCCUACUAUAUAUGUGUUGUUUGUGUUGACUGUAAGUAAUAAGAUAUUGACUCUUGUAUUUUAACUACACGUCUAAGUAUUAAGUUAUCCGUAAUCAAUGCCAUACAUUUUGAUUCGAGGCAAUCUUGCUUCGUAUGGGCAUAAAAACCCUUGGCGAGUCUUGGUAUCCGGCUUGAAAGCUGGUGACAUUGAGCAACUGAAAAGAUUUGCAUGUGGUGGAUAUUGUGAUGAUUCUACCAUAGUCUACCUGCAGCAUCCCUGUGUAAUCUUGAGUGCUCUUGAGGUAUUAGGUUACAAAGUUGUAGCAUCAAGUUCAACUGCUGUAAAACAAGAUUAUAAUGAGUACAUGUGGACUAUGAGAAAAGAAUUUUCUGAGCCAGAACCAUCAAUAAUUGUUGAACAAGACAAUAUAACAAACUUUAGUAAAGAAGCUUUGCAUUACCAACAUUCUAAUAAGGACGACGAGCCUCUAAUUUGAUUGCAAAUCCUAUUCCUGAAGUAGAAGAUGGUGUUGUAUAUGUCGCUAUAAAAGGGUCAUUGCAUUCUAAUGAUUGUUCUGCAUUUGGAUUAGGACAGGAAGAAAUUAAAGCACUUAUCAAGAAAUUUC